UCGAUAGCAGAAUAAAAUUUCGUAGAAGUAUUUUAAAAAUGGCAUCACUGUUGGAAUGGUUGACGACGAUUAGGCGGAUUUUUUGACAUGGCUUUUUGGCUUCAUUUCAUUAUUUUGACAUUUUGCUGUCAACCGCUACGUAUUUCUACGAAAAAAGUAGAAUUUUCUUAGUUUUUCUUGUUGUCGAAGUAUUUUUCACUUGGAGAAGAAGAACACCAUAGAAAACACAUAUAGAAGGACUGGAAAUUGAACCUAAAUUCCAGGAAUUCCACGAGAACCAUGUGACACGAAUACGAAAAAGGGCUUCCAGACCGUCAAUGUGUCAGAAAUGUUUUCUGCCAUCACGACGAGCCAGCGCUACCACGAAGCCAAUACUACAAGGGCGCGUGAUAAACUAACGGGGAUAUAGGGCAAGCGCGUCAAAAAUGUGCGCGAGAUGGCCAGUCCGCCACCGAACCCUAGAGCAGGUGCGGAGAGCGGCUCCCAGUUCACGGAGGAAACGGGCGGCCCACGCGCGGCCGCCCCGCAGAAGAAGUUCAUAGCACCGCCUGCCUCGCAGCUGCCAACCAAGUUGGAGUACGUCGCUCGCGGAGGAACGGGCCGCAGCGUCAAGCACACCUUUCGAACAGUCAAGUUCGCUCGCAGAGUGCCCACGCUGCCUCCUAAGAAGCCCGAAGGUGGGGCGGGCGGCGCGGGUGAGGCGAGCGGCAGCGGCGCCUCGGCCGAGCGCCGCCCGCGUCGCGACCGCAGCAAACGGCAUGUCUGCACCACUUGCGACAAACGCUUCUCCAGCCCCGGCAAGCUGAGUCAACACGUUCUCUCUCAUACUGGUGAGCUCCCGUUUUCGUGUGAUUUAUGUGACAAGCGCUUCAAUUCUAAAUUUAAACUAGUGCGUCACAGUCUCAUCCACAGUGAGUCUAGAGCCUUCGCGUGUACCGUCUGCGGUAAGACUUUUAAUCGUAAAGAUCAUCUUACAAAUCAUGUUAGGGUUCACAACCCAGUUAAAAAUAUCUAUACAUGUGAACUCCCCAAUUGUAGAAAGUCAUAUACAUCAUUGCUAAGUUAUCGUAGGCAUGUUGCUUUACAUUCAGCGGAGGAAGGCAAUUUACAGUGCAAGAUUUGUGAUGAAGUGUUCAAUUCGAGACAAGAAAUUGUUAACCAUCUUAAAGUUCAUACAGGGAGUCGAGCGCCCAAAAGUGACACUGAUAAGAAGUUUACCUGUGAUCAUUGUGACAGAAGGUUUUUUACAGCAAAAGAUGUUAGACGACAUCUUGUGGUUCACACAGGAAGGAGAGAUUUUUUAUGCCCUCACUGCCCACAAAAGUUUGGCCGUAAAGAUCACCUGGUCCGUCAUGUUAAGAAUGCACAUCCCGAGGAGUCAUGGAAAUCAGCAGCUGUGGGUACAUCCAAAGACCCACCGCCAGAAGCUACCUCAUUUGAAGAAACUUAUACAGAAUAUAACAUUGAAGAAACAGAUUUCAACCUUUGGAAGACCAUAACUCCUAAAGAAGAAGUACCAGAGGGACGGACAGAGGUCCCGGCUUCUGAUAUAAUAGUAGAAAUACCAGAUUUAGGGAUCAAAGUGGAGCCUCUAGAUAUAAAGUUAGAAAAUCCUCAAUCUCCCAGUGAAAUACUCGAAUAUCCAGUAGUUUAUAUGACCGACUUGCCAUAUAUAACACAACCAAUUCGAGAUCCUAUUGAUGUGCAUUUACUUAGUUCUGGCAACGUUCAAUCAAUAUUGUUGGACCCUGGCGAGGGUCCUUCGGGAUUGUCGAGUCAGAUGUUGGGGCUGUUGGAGGAGGGUGAACCUUCUUAUCCUAGCGACGAGGGACGGGUGCAGCAGAGGCUGCCGGCUUUCACGCAGGCUUUUCAGACCGCCCAGAGCCCUAAGCCUCCCCCGCCCCCGCCCCCGCCGCACUAACAGCGCCCGAUGCAUUUAGCUUACGUCGAUACUGAACUACCUCAUUAGGUAAGAUGGAGUAAGCUGUAUCAUAGUCUGGUUUAGUGCACUCACCUCUAACCUUGGAUACUCCAGGCUCUCCAGAUUGAUAUUGCCAAACUGCAUGUGUCAGGUAUACCAAAACGUUUCCGAAUUCUACAUGAAUAUGCUAUCUAGUCAUGUAUGUACUUUCGGACUUUUUUAAAUUGUAAUUUAUAUAUUAUAUACGUGACCGUUAUACAGUAUGGUUGGGACCAACGCUGCGAGCUGAUCGACGGGAUCAGUCCCAUGGAGUAGAUACGAUUGCAUAUUUUUAUACAACAAUAUUUAGUGAGCAAGAUUUUUAUAAAAGUAUAUGGCUCUUGGGAGCAGUAGGCCGUAUAAUAUGUUUUAGAGAGGCUUACUGUCUUCUACACGAAGGGAAUACAACGAAGAGCGUAUACUUUUUGUUAUAUAUAUAUUUAUAUCUGAAUUACUUUUGAUGGGUUUAUAGAAACGGCUCAGGCCACUCUUAGCUGGCAGGAUCUGGUAAACUGAGAGCAUUAAUAUCGGAUACAAACAUUAUUUAACAGUUUUUUUUAACACAUACACAUAUUUACCUCAGAAGCACUGGCUGCUUCCUUAGCAUUAAGACAUUAAGAGUUGGAUCUGCCGACCGAAACUCCAAGCUAACAUCAGUAACUGAAUGUGCCAAAAUUCCUACACGCAGGACGGUGAAGAUGAAUUGUCUGUAAAGCAAUAAUUCUUUUGCUCAAUCGAUCAAAAGAAAUCAAUUUUGAUGUUGUUAAUUUUAAACGUUAACAAACUAAACUGGUAUUUACGGAAAAAGAGAAACUUGAAGAAAUAGUCUCAGCAUAAUAUUUUUUAGGAGUAUGAGCCAAAUUAUGUAAUUCGUCGUAAGUUUCACUUUGGGACUAGGUAAGUGUGUCAAGAAGUCUGUAAAAAUGUUUUAGGAAUUCAAAUGUCUGGUGCGAUCUUUGUAAAGGACAUGUUGCACAGCUUUACUGGGUGCCUCACAUUAAACGUUGUACGAUAAUUUUAUGAAUGGAAUUCCAAAAAAAAUGUUCACCCGUCGUCUAUCGAUAUUUGUCGAAUUGCUUUCACUGUCGAUAUCGAUGUUUGUAUAACAAAAACUGAUUUUUUUUAUAACUUUAUAUAAAUAACGAACAAUGUCAGAGUACUUUCUGUGUUCCAACUCGCACAUGGUUUUAUCUCGGAUCAUCGCUCUUUAGAAUGUACUCUUUAUUAAGAUUUUAGAGUUGUCUUAGUAAUUAUUGCCGAUUAAUGGAAAUGUCGUUCGUUUGUUUUUUUUGGUGAUAAUAUUUUGUAUUAGGGUGGAUGCGAACCUACUUCCAUUUUAAAAUCAAAUUCAACAGAUAAAAAAUUUGAAAAAUAUCAAUCCAGUUAGAUUUUUUUUUUCUAAAAUAUAGCCCUACUAAAUCAUUAUUUUUUUGUUAUCUUUUCAAGGGUUCGUGUAUUUUUUCUAUCACCAAACAAUUAUCGAUAUAUUUGAAGUUAUUCAGGUUGAACGUACAACUUCGAAAAUUUAUUUAAAAAAAAAAGGAGAUAAUUCAAGGUUCAUAUAUUUGUAUUUUAAUGUUUGGCGUCUAGUAAAAGCGGACUAGUUAUUGUGGGAAGGAUCCAAUGUCAUACACGCUUCAUAUUCUAUAAUAUGUAAAUAAUUCUAAUCUUUUAGGUUAAUAGGACUGUAAAAAAUUUAAUCUACCUCAAUUGCAACUUAUUCUUACGUCUAGAAAUUUAAUUACUAUACUAAGUUAGUGAAGAUGGAAAUUUUAGUUUUUUUUUUUUUCUAUUUUGAGAAAUUUAUUCAAUUUAGCGUUCGUUCUGCUGUUGACACGUUGUUUUAAUGUUAUGUGCUGCAAUAUAUAAACUUCGUUGUUAAAAAAAAUAUAUACAUAAUAAUUUUUUUUUUCAUACUAACGACAAGCACUGAACUUGUUCAACAUCCGAAAAAUCUUUGUUACUUUAAAAUUUGAAACAAACUUUUUUUUUUUAAUAUUAAUUUGUUCUCUACACUUUAUUUUAUAUAUAUCAGUUGAAUGGGUGACCAGGUCAUGUACUUCUCGAAGUUUAACACUGCCAAAAUAUCGUUAUAUAAUGAUCGACAUUCAGAUGUAUUUAGUGUUUAAAUUAAUAUUAUUAUAAUCCGGUUUUAUUAUUAUUAUUAUUUGAUAAAUCGAAUCGUAACAUGUGAAAUACUUUGUUGAUAGUUAUUAUGUAUCGUAACUUAUAUAAUUUAAACCGCUAACCUACCUUCUUUCUAUCCACUAGUCAUAUGAUGGCAGCACAUAUCUCAAAUAGACAAUAUUUUUAUACUGUGACAAUAGCAACUACAGAGUACAAAUCAUUGUCCUAAUAGUAUUCACGUACACGUUUGUAUGUUUAUAUAUUAUUGUAUGUCUAGAUUAUAAAUGUAUUAUGAUUGUUAACAUAUCAAAGAAAUGUAAAACGAUUAUUUGCCUGCCGACAUCUUGUUCUUGUAUCUAAUGUUGAGACCAUCACGUAUGGCAUUUAUUUAUUACAACAGUCUGCAGACGAUAAAUUUUAUGUAAUGUUUUGUAACACAAAGUGUUGAAUUUUUUCCCAUUAUUUUUUUUUUAUUUUUUUUUUACGCAUAAUUACUAUUGUUACUAUUUUUAAUGCCGAGUUAUUUUUUUUUUUAUUAAGAACGUCUAAUGAGUGUGACUCGUUGUAUUUAUAUAUACAUAUAUUUUAAUUAAAAUAUGUUGUGUAAUACCAAAUAAUUACAUAAUUUUAUUUUGUUUACACUUAAGGGUUCGAAUAUUUUUUUUUUAUUUAUGUAACUUUAAGAGUAAGUUCGGUUAAACGCAACGAAAGUUCUACGAGUGAUAAUUUUCUUUAUGUACGUGGCACAAAAUGUCGGUUUCGAAAGGUUUUUUUUCUGUUUAACGUUAUUGCUCGUAGCCACACGUAGAUCUACGUGAUACAUACCACAUAGGGGCCUUAGAAAAAACUGUAGUUGGAAUUAUAACAAAAUUAAAAAAAAAAAAAUUAGGUAUCUACGAUAUUUUAAUACAAAGAAUCUAUUUUGUUACGCUUUUCAUUUAAGGCAUUUUAUAUAAAAAAAAAAAAUUAUAUGUAUAUAUAACUUUUUUAUAAAAAUUUUAAAUUCUUAUAUCAUGUUCCACAGUUGGUCAGUUUGGACAAACAAAUAUAUAAAUAUUUAGAUUUUAUAAUUCCUUUAUAAAAAAAUAAUAAAAUAUAUGUAAAAUUUUGUAGUUGAAAUUAGUACUAACAAGUAAUGUUUUAUGUUGCAUAAACCGAUUCACCCUCGCAGGGACUCCUGUCAUAUAAAUAUAAUUGUACCUGUUUAUAAUAACUCGUUGUACUGCGGUCUUCAUUGUAAUAAACAUUUUGAACAUCA